AUGGGGACUUUCGACGACAGUAAAUCGUCCGUAUUGACCCGCGGCUCCUCGCUGAGAGCAUCUGCGAGGCUUUCUACCUCUCAAGGAGACGAUGACGACUAUGACUUGCAGGCCAUGGCAGUAGCCGACGGAUUUCACCCAGUAGUAGAUGCGACAAACACGCAAAUCCCAAGAUCCGCGACGACGCCGCAAGAUGUACCGAUGGCUCAAAUACCACCACCGCGUCCAUCAAGUAUUACAAAACCUCGUCGAUGGAGCGGAUCUCUGGCUUUGCAAAACGACGGGUCGCCGUCUGAGUCGGAUAGUGGUAGGUCGUUAAGUAGAGUCUCGAGCGGUUCCACCGUGUCGCCGUUUGUUGACUCUGAAGACCCGUACGACGGUCCAUCCGGUCCUUCUCACCCGUAUCAGAUGUAUCCCCAGGACGUUCGAGUAGUACGAACGGCAAGCCUAGCGACAACGUCGACUGCACCUGUUUCUGAGCGGUCGUACAAUGGUCCUCGCGGGCCGGCGCAUCCGUACGGCAUGUACCCGCAGAACACCGUUCCUACUGCUGAAACGGGUGGAAUAUCUAGCAGGCCAGUACAAGCGGAUAUUAACGUCGGUUUCCCUGGAACGACGGACAAUUACCAGAGAAGAAUUGGACCGGAUGGAGAGGACGUGGCCGAUUUGAUUGGUCCUGAUGGCCAUACGGAACAGCUACCCCCUUACACAAGAUACCCGGAAGAAGCGUAUACUAGAAAGGCAUUAGGAGUCGAACUACGGCCGGCGCCUGUGCAGCCAAUGCUGGCCAUCCCGGGCGCCGGAGGAAUCGGAAUGGCUACUCGAAAUCCCGAAUUCGCGUCUACUGAGGAUCUGGGCAGGUUAUCUUCACCUCAAUCUAGACAGUCUAUUAGAAGUUUUGCAUCUGAGACCAGCCGGAAUGAAUUAAACACCACCACUACACAUGAUACUACACAUGAUUCGGAAAUCAUAGAGGAAAAAGAGUCACCGAAGGGUUGGCAUUUUACUGCGAAAAGGAGGGUAUGGGGUAUUGUUCCAUGCUGGGCUAUUGUCUUGGCUGCCAUUGUUCUCGUCUUGAUGGGAGUUAUUCUCGGCGCUGUCAUUGGGACUCUACUUCGCUCCGCUUCGAAGAAUAAAUCACACCAGGAUAAGCCGCAUUUACCAAUAAUGAAUCCGGGCAACUGGGAUACAGAACCCCUUAGCACCCUACCCUCUGAUUUACCCCCCCUACAAGAAGGGGAUUUUUCCCUUCCUCUUCGGAAUAGUCGAAUGUCUAAUACCUGCUUUAGCGACUCGACCUUAGCUCAAGCGUGGAACUGCGACCUCUUCUUCUUCCAGCUUGGCAUGAAAAUCAGGAGAAUACCUGGUCAACCGGAAACGUCCGACUAUUCCCUCCAGUUUUCCUACAAUGACAGCGCCACCUUGCACAACAAUAUGUACCUUUGGGGGAUGCAACCACCUGAAUUAACUGACGUGAGACUGAAGCUUGUCAAUGAUCUACGUGAAAGCCCUCGAGGCCCGGCGUGGAAUUUCGAAGUUGCCUAUAACAAAACCGUCAUUGUGCCUGACCAGGCUCUGACAACUAACACAUCCUCUUCCUCAUCUAUUAAAAACCGCCGGCGGACGUUGUAUGGCGGUGGGCCCAACCGCAAAGGUGCCCAAGUCGGAGAUCGUAUAUGGAUAUGCCACUGGGACAAUACCAUUUUAGAGGCUUUUAUCUACGCAAAUCAGAGUAACAGUAUCAGGCCGAUGACAAGUCCCCCGUUGCCCGCAACGACUGUGGGCAUCUCUAGUGGAUUAACCACAACAUCUAGCGCCGCCGUCACUGGACCUCCGGGGGAAAUUAUUGAAAACGGCGGCGAGCUAAGACCCUCUGACAUUUUCAAUGGCGGACCCCAGGAUCACCAUGCAACUACCGCGAGUUCAGAUAGUACCCCGAACCCCACCAUUACUUCUUCAACUCCUACACCCAGUGGUAUAUCUGACCAAGAUUUCCCCAUGCCUAAGAAUUAUCCCCCCGUAUACCCCCGGGUCAUUAAGGUCGAGGAGCAUCGUAAUACCGGUCCGUCGAUCCCCAAACCUUGGUGCCGCCAGUUUCAGAUCAAUAGCGACAACAGAGCAGAAGCAGUGAAAGUAAAUGGAAAAGACGUUGAUAUUAUUAUCGACGAAGAUGAAGGAGAGUUUGGGCCAGGACCCUUGAAAGACAUCAUUAUCGAGCGCCACCUGGAAGACGGUCGCAGCAUCAAAAUGGGAAGCGAUAUAAGCGAUUGCGGCUGCAUGUGGUGGCUCUCCUGA